CAUCACGAUGCGAGAAUCCGGAUUUGGUAAUCAUUUUCCUCCUUGCUUUCUUCCGCCAUGACCUCCGUCUCGUCCAACGUCGUCUUUGACGACAUUUUUAAUAUCAGUUCUAUCGACAAAGAGGGCAAAAAAUUCGAUCGAGUGUCCAGGCUUUACGCGCAUUCAAAAAACUACGAUAUGGAUCUUACUCUAGACUAUAAUAUUGAACUUUUCCCUCUGGCCGUGAAUCAAAAUUUUGCGCUGGCAUUAGCAUCCUCGUUGGCUCGUGGUCCUCCGACAACAAAUCCAGAUGCAAAUGAGGACGAAGACAAGGACAGGGAUGUUUGGCGGCCUGAUGGCAAAGGACGCAGAGGUUUAGAAGAGGACUAUGACUAUGUCAUGUAUGGGAAGAUCUAUAAAUUUGACGGAGGAGAUUCCGAUUUCGUAACUGCAUAUAUCUCAUUUGGUGGCCUUCUCAUGUCUUUGACCGGCUCCUUUCGACAUAUGACCAACAUCGUUUUGGGAGAUUCGAUAUACGUAUUGCUACGGAGGUAGCGAAUGCAACAGCAUCAGCCUAAAUGCGGACUUACUUACCCUGAAAACAUAUCUACAUACGCCUCACCCGCCGCUGUUGGAUGGCCAUCGCUAAAGGCUAAAGCGUAAAAGCUCAGCAGGCAGUAUUGAAAAUCCAAAUCCAUGUAGGUGUAAUAAUACAAAACUGUAGAGCGAAAGGACAUCUAUCAAGUUUAUCAUGAGCAUAGCAGUAAUGUGAAACAAGAUU